CGGAUGUUUAUAAGUGUUUGUUUCGUGGAUGGGAAGGUGAGCAGAUAUUAAAUCAGAUAUUUGGAAGAUCAGAUAGGAGAAUAAAAUAUUAUGAUCAGAAUCAGAUAACAUAUGUAGCCUUAAAUAACGAUCAGUCUUUAGAAUCUGGUCAAGAAUCCGAAAUUAAUCCCUUGGCACUUGCCACAACAAAAAGAACCUCAAGAUCUAAAAAAAAACUUAAAUACAAAUAUGGAGAAAUGGUAGUAGAAUGGAAACGCAAAUAUGAUAAGGACUUUAAUGAUAAUAUUUGUAGUGCAGG